AUGAAACAGAUUACUUCAGCCUUAUAUUUUUCAGUUACGUGCGAGCUCAUAUCGUCAAAGAAGACCGGUCGGAUGAUGAUUAAAGUGGGUGGUUACGUGUUCAGCCAGCGAUCGUCCAGCGGCACCAAGAAGCGAUGGGUCUGCUCUACUCACGUAUUUCGAGGUUGCAGGGCGCAACUUUACACCGUAUUCGAUCAAAUUGUCAAACUUAUUACCUUAAUAAAAACAAAGAAAGGCAAGACUAAUAUUAAAGUGGGCGAGUAUACGUUCUACCUUAAGCCAGGAAACUACAAACCGGGAAGGAACAGAUGGUGCUGUACACAAAAUAAGUACUGUCGGGCGUGCCUAAGUACUGUCGAUAACAAAAUUGUUGCAAUAUACAAUGAACAUAAUCACGAAAAGAAAUAG